GUUAUCGAAGUGCAUGGCCAUCAUCGAUAGCCUCUCUUAGUCGCGUCGAGGAGAAAGCAUAAAAGCAUAAAUGUAUUUACGGCAAGCAAAACAGCAAGAACGACAGUCGCAGCAUAACGUACCGAGCUCGGAAGGCUCAACAAAUAGCGCUGUCCGUAACAUCGCCAACAUACAUUUCGCUUGUGCGGAGGCCGCCGCCGCCUGAUACGAUGAACACCUUGGUGCAGGACAUACAAAAUCGAUACUCAUUCCUGGAUCAUCUGUUCCGGCAUGUGUGGACCUCCAUCAUACAGUCGAACAUCAAGCUCAAGCAUCAGCUGCGCAACAUUCAAUGGAAGAAUGCCAAAGCCAAGCCAGGCUGUGCCUAUCAACCAACAGAGAUCGAACAGCUGGCGAAUGUGAUUACGCAUGGCAUUUGGAUAGUGCCCGCUGUGUUUGCGGUCAUCAAGCUGUUUGAACGCUCCAAUAGCGCUGGCCAGUAUCUGGUCUCUUGGGUUUAUGGCACUGCGCUCUGUAUGCUCUUCACCAUCUCCACAUUCUUUCACUGCUCCUGCUACUGUGCCGAGCACAAACCGCCCAAGCAAUACAAGACUUGGCCGGCAUUUGGCUGGCACACUUAUCAGGGCCUGAAGAAUGUCUUGCAUCGCUGCGAUCGAGCCAUGAUCUAUGUCUUUAUUGCCGGCUCGUAUUUUCCUUGGCUGACGCUCGAGAAUACGAAUCAUUCGGCCAUACUCUUUUGCAUGGAAUGGAUCAUUUGGUUGAUGGCUGCCAUUGGCAUUGCCUAUCAGCAGCUUUACCAUGAGCGUUACAAGUGCCUGGAGACAUUCUUUUAUAUAGUAAUGGGAUUGGGACCGGCGCUUGUGGUGAUGUUCACCGGACACGAUUUCAAUGGCAUGAUCCAGUUGAAAUACGGCGGAGCGUUCUACAUUUUGGGCAUCGUGUUCUUCAAGUCAGACGGCCUCAUUCCCAUGGCCCAUGCCAUUUGGCAUCUGUUCGUGGUGCUCGCAGCCGGCUGUCAUUACUAUGCGAUUCUCGUUAACCUAUAUCCCAGUGACGCCAGCAGCAAAAUUACAAACUAGUCUAAGUAUAGCUCGUCGUUGUGACUCUCCCAACUCAAACUCGGAACAAAUUUCCGGUUUGUUCUUCAUUUUUUUUUUGUUCUUUUGACGUUGUCGUUAUUGUGUACUUAACUACGGUUAAAACCACCACCACCAUCUCCACCCACAAAUACCCCGCCCAAUGGUUAUUGAUUUUAGAGCAUAUUUCGAGUCAGCCAACGUAUGUCAGAAUUGUAUUCCUUCCUUGCCACCCAUGACGAUGACGAUGAUGACGAUGACGAUGUUGAGGAGACGUCACUACUACUCCAAGAUUAGCCAAAUUUUGUAAAGAACAAAUGCAAGUAGAAUAUAGUGUAUUUCAUUUAUCGAAUUUAUUUCUAUAUAUGUACUAUAUGUAUUGUAUAUGUUGUUUGAGUUAUUCAGAAAACGGAUUUAUCUACCAACUAGUUGUAGUUUAUUAGACAAUUUGUUAGUUUGUAAGCCAAGGGUAGUGGUAGCUAUAGAACUUUUGUAAUAAUAUUAGUCCAAAGUCUUUACUUUUUUUUGUAAUCUUUCUUUUUAAGAAGUCGAGAAAAAGUCGAAACGAUUUCUUCUGCUCUUUCUCAAAAGAGUUACAAAAAAAGUCAGCAAAACUCUGUAUUCCACAAAAAUAAAAUGCAAGGU